CAGUCUUUUUGUUUUAAAUUUUCAGGUUUAAUUCAGUGUGUGACUUGUUGGUUCUGUGUAAUUAUUUGUGUAAAAUUGAUAGAAAUUGCUGAGUAAAAAUUGUUUGUUUUUUCAGUGUAGGAACAUGUUCCAGUAACAUUUGGAACAUGACAUCACACAGACCUCAGAUCGGUUUGAUUUGAGAAAGGGGAAAUGAUUUAACGAGAUUUUUUAAAAACCACUUCGUGGAUUUUUAUCACUAUAUGUUGAUUGUGUACACACACUGCCGACACACGUUUCAAUUCAAACAACUUGUAAAAGUACAUGUAGCAUCUGAUGACCCUUUUAAGUGUAAAUAUGUUUUGGGUCUCUGUACAAAUGAUUCUGGUUCCUGUCUUUGAGUAAUCUGGUUGAUUUCAGAAUAGAUUCUGUGACCACAGCUUUGCUACUCAGGAAGUUUAAGUCAAAGAUUAGCUCUGCACCUCCAGGCCUAUAGCCUUGGUUAUAGAAUUAAGAUAUAUUGCUUUUUAUCAUGGCUUACAAACAGACAAGCAGGGUUAAACAGUUGACUGGAUCAGCUCAUCUACAUAAUGAACAUCCAUCAUCCUAAUGAUCUGUUGUGCAUCAGUGUGCUCUGAAACGCUCUGAGCUGCAGGAAGCAAGAGUGAGAGAGUGCCAGUGAAGAUAAAUCUGCUAGAAACAAGCCCACAAGUUUUUCCAUCAAUGUGCAGUGGGUGUUUCUGCUCUGUGCCUGUGACGGGGCAAGAGAGAGAGAGAGAGAGAGAGAGAGUGAUGCUUCUGAAGUAAGAAGAAACGCUUUGUUAGCUCACAGUAAGAGGACGAAGCUAAGUUGGCUAUUGUGUCCCGGGACAGUGGAGAGGAACGGGGUGUCUGCGAGGUUGCCUCUCGGUUGGUGUGGAGUGUUUGUGUCGUGUCAGCAUGCUCAGCUUGGUGCAGAGCUCACAUCCCUUAGGAGAAAGAGCCAGGCUGCAGAAGAGCUGUGCGAAGCAGCUGAUUUCUCUUUCCUCUGCUUCCUCACAGACCGUCAGCAAGUACAAUGCGCAGUACCACAAGCUUUUCCAGAGCGUUCCCAAAGAAGAGCUCCUGAUGAAAGUUUACUCCUGUGCCCUGCUGCGAGACAUCCUGCUGCAAGGCCGACUGUACAUCUCUCGAAACUGGCUGUGUUUCUACGCCAACCUCUUUGGUAAAGACAUCAAGGUGGCCAUUCCUGUUGCAUCCGUGCGGUUGGUGAAGAAACAUAAGACAGCAGGUCUGGUUCCUAAUGGCUUGGCUAUCACCACAGACAGCAGUCAGAAGUAUGUGUUUGUGUCUCUGCUGUCCAGAGAUAGCGUCUAUGAUGUGUUGAGACGCAUCUGCACACAUCUACAGGUCAAUGGGAAGAAGAUCCUAAGCCUCAAGCAGUACAUGGAGGAACCCAACUCUUUAUCUCUGGAUGAGUUCCCUGUCCCUGAAGUUUUCCCUGUACCAGAUGAGUUUCCUCCAGUGCUGAAGUGGAGGAGGAAGCCGUCAGUUGUGUCUGUGGCUUCUUCUCUUCCUGACUUACUGGGAAACUCCACUGGCAGCAUGAAUGCUGUAGAUGCCCCCUUCCAAACAGACAAGCCUCUGGAGGAUCAAAGUCUGGAAACCAAGAAGAUCCUCCUGACAGAAACGAUACCAGAACUGGGUCAGAUGGAGUUCCAGCUACUGAAAUUCUUCAUCUUGCUCAUUAUCUUGCUCAUCCUGUCGUCGUGUUACCUGGCCUUUCGUAUCUGCAGCCUGGAGCAGCAGCUCUCUUUCCUCAGUAACAACCCUGCACUGACUCUCAGAGAGAGGUAACUAUUGACGGUCACCACUGCACUUUACAGAGAAGUCGGUCCAGCACCGGCGCUCUCUCUCUCUCUCUCUGUGGCCACCUUGCAACUAUGCAAACAAAGUCUCUUAUGUAUUAAGUACAUCUCAGAUUGUGUUAACAAUGAGCCUGACUUUAGAACAGAAGACUGGAAGUGUUCUCACACAGUCAUUCUGUGUUACUGGAUCCAAGCAGAAAGGACCCGACUGGCCUACACAGAAUAUAGACUGCAAGCCCUGUUUGGAAUAUUAUGGAAGGCUCUGUUUCCACCAACAAAAACUCUUCUUGUGGAGACUUGUCACCUAAUAAGGGCAAAUGUAUCAAUCGCUCUACAUCAAACCAGUUGAAUGACUUUCAAUAGGUUAUAAAUAUCUUGAAUAUGUAUAGCUCAGGAUCUAAUGCAGUACAUUAAGAUAAGAUUAUUUUAUUUAUUUAUAUGCAAGCCACUUGCCAUGUUCUAGCUCUUCCAAUAGGAUUUAGAUGACAGCAUCAUGAAAAUAUCUAAUAUGUGUGAUCAGGUCGUCAUCAGUCUUACUAUGUGUUCACAGCUUGAUCGGCUCAAGUCAGUGACCUGGGCAAAAUGUUUAUGGCAUAUUGAAUGUUUACUUUGAAGAUGUAGAAUUCAUGGACAAUAAAAUGUUGU